CAAUCAGCAAAUUCAACAGGGCAACAACAGUGUCAUACUUUGUUCACUACCAUGACAGAGUAUUGCAAAAACUAAGACUCUUCGACAGUUCUUGAUAUCUUGAUGACGAUGGCUCUGGCCAAUACUUCUGUGUGCUCUAUGAAGGGCAAUGGCAGGACCCAGGUGUUCUUUUCAAGAUUGCAAACAGGCAGAUCUCUAGGACACAGAAAUGGAGAACACAGAAGAUCACUGUUAUUGCGACAUGGCACAUCAGUUGGCAGGCGGGUGCAAUUGAGCACGUGCUGUAAAGCAGCGCCCGAAGAAGAGCAAGAGGUGACAGAGCGCGGAGAGGGAUGGAGAAUUGAGGCGGAGGCAUCGCCUUUGGAGGGGGAUGCUUUGGAGGAGCGGCUGACAGAACAGGUGGAGGAGGGCGUGGCGGGGAUCAACAGCGAACUUGCACAGACAUCGGCGAGGGAAACAAUGGAGCAGGCUGCGGCGGCGGCGCCGCGGCGGCGACGGAAACGAAAGAGCGUGCAGCAGCUGCUACCGGUGGUGCAGGAGCAGCGGCCGGGGAUGAGCGAGGGCGUGCGCAUCGGGCUGAUUGGCGUGGGCGCCCUAGGGGUGAUGGCGGCCGCGUACUAUGUCGGCCGGAAACUCAUGUCCACCCAGCUGCCCAAGGUCCAGAAAGCAAUGGAGCAGAAGCAGCUGCAGAAGGAGGCGGUGCAGAGGCUGAAUGUGAUGAUAGAUGAGCUGCGCAACAGCCAGAAUGCCGACCUGUCUGCCAAGAACCUGGGCGAGGAGGGGUGCAUCUUCAUAUCCGAGGGCUUUGCCUUCAAUGACAGGUGUGUGGCGGCGGACCUCAGCAAAAACGGCAUCGGUGUGAAGGGGAUCACAGCAGUGACAGAUGCGCUGUCACACAAUGAUGUUCUGCAGACGCUCGUCCUGGACACCAACUCUAUCGGCGAUGAGGGCGCAGAGGUUCUGGCCAAACACCUCACUGGUGACUCAACGAUCAGGAGAUUGAAUCUCAGCGGCAACAAUGUUGGGGACAAGGGGGCCACACUCUUAGCAGAGAUGCUCAAGAUGAACACAACGCUGACAUCUCUGGAGCUGAACAGCAACAACAUAGACUACGACGGUGCCCUGGCACUGGCAGAGGCCAUCACAGAGAACACCUCGCUCUCUGCAUUGCACCUCAGUGACAACUACAUUGGGGCGCUUGGGGCGUCGGUGCUGGCGAACGCACUGAAGAAGAACAAGAGCCUGCGCGAGCUGCACAUGAAGGGCAACGAGCUGGGCAACGAGGGCGUGCGCGCCAUCUGCGAGGCCCUCAUCGAACGCCAGAGCCCCGUCACCUCCCUGGACUUUGGCAACAACAGUCUGACAGAGGAGGGGGCAGAGGCGAUUGCCAGGGUGGCGGAUAAGGCGCACCUCAAGGAACUCAACCUCUACAUGAACGACAUCGGCGACGCUGGCAUCUUCAAGCUGGCGAAGGCACUGGAGGGCGACAGCAGCCUGGUGAGCCUGGAUGUGGGCGGCAACAACGUCGGCCCCGAUGGCAUCACCGCCCUCGCCGGAGCGCUCAGGGGGAAUGACACGCUGCGCACGCUGGAGCUGGGGUACAACCCUAUUGGCGACAAGGGCGCCCUCGCACUCGCUGACGUGGUCAAGUACGACCUCAAGGUGGAGACUCUGAAGAUGGGGUGGUGCCACGUGGGCGCCGACGCGGGCGCCAAGGCGGUGGCGGACUUACUCAUGUUCAACAACUCGAUCGCCGUGCUCGAUCUGCGCGGCAACGGCCUCGGCAACGCGGGGGCGGCGCAGAUUGCGCGCUCGCUAAAGGAGCACACCAAUGACAAGCUGACGGAGCUGGACCUGGGCUACAACGAGAUCAAAGACGAGGGCGCCUGCACUCUCGCUCAGGCGCGCCCCCGGACCCCACUCUCUGGUUUUUUGCAAGCGCUGAAGGCAAACCCGGAGCGCGCUCCCAGGGAGUUGAAGGUGAAUGCCAACUACAUUGGGCGCUUUGGGCAGGUUGCCCUGACAGAGGCGCUGGACAUGGUGUAUGAGAUGGCGGGGGGCAGGGAAAUAGUCAUCACCUACUAG